AUGGCGGAUCAGACGGAACGUUCAUUCCAAAAGCAACCUACGGUCUUCUUGAACCGUAAGAAAGGCAUUGGUGUGAAAAGGAGCCGUAAGCCACUCAGAUACCACAAAGAUACCGAGAAAGCGUUUCAGAAACAAGCCACGGUUUUCCUCAACCGGAAGGGAGGUUUGAAGAAAAGGGAUAUGCGACAUCAUAAGAAUGUCGGUCUAGGUUUCAAGACACCAAGAGAGGCGAUUGAAGGAACAUACAUUGACAAAAAGUGCCCUUUCACUGGCAAUGUAUCAAUCCGUGGUCGUAUUUUAACUGGUGUGGUACAAAAGAUGAAGAUGCAGCGCACUAUCGUCAUCAGACGCGACUACUUGCACUACCUACCUAAAUACAACAGAUUUGAAAAACGUCACAGGAACAUGUCUGUACAUUUGUCACCUUGCUUUAGGGAUGUUGAAUUAGGAGACAUUGUGACUAUCGGUGAAUGCAGACCGCUGUCCAAAACUGUCAGAUUCAACGUACUAAAGGUUUCCAAGGGCAAGGGAUCCAAGAAAUCUUUCAAAAAAUUC